AUGUGGCUUACUUCGGCGAUCUACCUAGUUGUCUUCAAUAUCACUCAUUACACGAUAUUAGACUGGACUUUUGAUCGGCCAGUACCCGAUGUGACUGCUGGUCAUACGAAGAAGGUUGUUACCAACGCCAUCAUGCUCUCAGCAUACUGCAUUGGCAACUCAGCUGGCCCCUUGAUUAACCACGUCCCAUGCCACUGGGCUGUGAUGGGCGCAUGUUACAUCGUCUGUCCGGUACUUCUCCUUCUCAUCCGUGUCGUUCUCGUCCGAGAGAACAAGAUCCGUGAUGCUGAGCCUGUUGACGAUGAACUUGAAGAGGAAUAUGUGAUCGAGAGAAUCACUGAGGAUGGAAAGCGUGUAGAAGUUAAGGUCAACAAGGAAUUCCUGGAUUUGACGGAUAGGCAAAGCAGGGACUUCAGAUACGUUUUGUAA